ACCUUCGCCUCAUGUGUUUUAUAUGAUAAUACGGAGCAGUUCAAUAAUGUCUUAUGAAAUUCUAUUUUUUUUAAUUUAUUUCUUCAUAUGGGAGUUAGCUGUGAUUGAAAAAAAGUAUUUUUUUAUUAUUCUAUCUCAUCAUCGUUUGAACUUCUCUGAAUUGUGGUUUUCAAUCAUUGUUUGUUAUGAUUUGUGAUGAUGAUAUGUUUAAUCCCAUGAUCUCACAAAGCGAAUUCAACACUAAAAUUUAGUUUCUGAUGCUAACUUUCUUUGUUUGGAAUUGUCAAAGACAGUUUUUUUUUUCCUGGAAAGGGAUGAUAUUCAUUUGGAUUUCUACUUCCCUUCCCAUUUGAAUAACCCCUGUUUUCCCUUCUACAAUUUCUCAAUUUCUUUUUUUUGUGUUUAAAUGUUAGUUGCACUCUGGUGUAUGUAAUUCCCUAUGUUCUACACUUGAAUGCAAAAAAUUGUAAUUAACUGUUCUAUUGACUUGAAUUACAGAACUGACAACCUGAUCUUCAUGAAUUUGGGAAGUGUUGUUACAUCCACUGUUUCCUGUAAAGCGGGAAGCAACAACAAUUUCCUUUUCUGGAUUUUGGUUUGCUUCUUGCUAACAAAUUUUCUGGGAGCUCCUGAAGUAUAUGCACAUUUCCAAGUAAUAAAGCUCAUUGUGGGGUUUCCAUCUUCUUCCGUUUGGGGUGUGAUCUUUUGGCAAGAUUGCGUGGAUGUUGAAUUUUCUGAUUUGUUUGGUCCAUCUCCCGUUGAAGCCUCAAUAGCAGUAAGCUCUGAGAAUCAUGAAAAUUUGGUAGCUACCCGGGGUUUGAGCGAAAAGAUUUACAAUGAUCAUGCUUCCAUUCACAUCCGGUCUCAAUCUUUAUUGGCUCCCACAACCUGUGUUGGUCAGUCCUUGCAGAUUAGCAAACUCGCCUUACAUAAGGCAGAAGAUGCAUCGGAUCUUGUGGAGGAGGUCUUAAUAGAAACACAUGAAGAACUUAAGGAACAUUCUGUUAACAAUUCUGAAGUUGAGAAAAAUAAUACACGUUUCAAUAAUUACUGUCUGAAUAAUCAGACUAUUGGAGUUGAGGAUUUUGAGGUUUUGAAGGUUGUUGGGCAAGGUGCUUUUGGUAAGGUGUAUCAAGUGAGGAGGGCAGGUACAUCUGAAAUAUAUGCUAUGAAGGUCAUGCGCAAGGAUAAGAUCAUGCAGGGAAACCAUGCUGAAUAUGUAAAAUCUGAAAGGGAUAUGUUGACAAAGGUGGACAACCCAUUUAUUGUGCGGCUCAGAUAUGCAUUCCAAACAAAAUAUAGGCUGUACCUUGUGCUUGAUUUUGUCAAUGGUGGCCACCUUUUCUUUCAGCUUUAUCACCAAGGCCUAUUCAGGGAAGAUUUGGCACGCUUCUAUGCUGCAGAGAUUAUUUGUGCUGUUUCUUAUCUUCAUGCAAAUGAUAUAAUGCACAGGGAUCUUAAGCCUGAAAAUGUUCUGCUCGAUGCAGAUGGUCAUGUAGUGUUAGCAGAUUUUGGCCUGGCUAAGCAAUUCAACGAGAGUGAAAGGUCAAAUUCUAUGUGUGGAACUGUAGAGUACAUGGCCCCUGAAAUUGUUAUGGGAAAAGGUCAUGAUAAGGCAGCUGAUUGGUGGAGUGUGGGAAUUUUACUAUAUGAAAUGCUUACAGGAAAGCCUCCUUUCUCCGGUGGAAAUAGACAUAAGAUCCAGCAGAAGAUAAUUAAAGACAAAAUCAAGCUCCCAGCUUUUUUGUCAAAUGAGGCACAUUCACUGUUAAAAGGGCUGUUGCAGAAAGACGUCAGCAAACGCCUUGGCAGUGGAUCAAGAGGCAGUGGGGAGAUUAAAAGCCACAAGUGGUUUAAGUCACUCAAUUGGAAGAAACUGGAGGCCCGUGAAAUUAGGCCAAGCUUUGUCCCAGUUGUUGCUGGGAAGCUUUGUGUUGCUAACUUCGAGGAGCGGUGGACUAGUAUGCCCUUGCUGGAUUCUCCAGCCGCUAGUCCCAGAAAGGAUGACAAUGCCUUCAAGAAGUUCUCAUAUACUGGUUCUCCAGUUGUGUCAUGAUAGAAAUGCCUGAUUUCUAUAGUAAAGGUCCAAUUUAGAGCACCAAUUCAUGUAUUGAUGAUGGGUUAGAAAAUUAUAUCCAUGUGAUGAUGCUCCUUGUAUAAACCUAUGUUCUCUAGUUAUUAUACAAGCAAGUAAUACUAAUUUUUCUAAGGUUUCAGCCAUCUUUCAUCCAACCUGUCCACCCUUGGAUGGGUAUUCUAUUAGUUACCAUAUGACUGUGAUAUCAUUGGCAUGCUUUUGUAUCAAAUUCAGUGCUUGUGAACCUUCUAAAUGCAGCCUUUUCUUGUUUUA